AUGGAUGGAAUGAGUUUACCACCAAAAGGAGCUUCGAGUGAUGCAAUCAAACAAAGAAAAACACGAAACAGCAAGGCUGAGUGCAACAGUGAGUUGAUCGUAUUAGCUGCGUCGCAUAACACACAACUUCGCUUUCACAAAACAAAACGGUCGAGUUAUGCCAAAAAAGUGUAUGUCACCGAUGAUGUCGUAUAUCAGCAACGAUACACUCCAACGAUGAUUCAAGAAUGUGCAGUGACUUUUGAGUGUGUAGUUCGAAAAUUGUGGGUAGAAGCGCGCAAGAAAUCGAGCGCCUAUUUAGUCGUGACAAAAGAAGUCUUUGAUCAAACGAUGUUACAAAGUGGUAUGAAAGAGUACAUCACCUCCAAAAUUGAUAUUUUGUCAAACAACUUUAAAAUGAUUGGAUGUGAGACGUUGUGGAGUGACGCGCCAGUCAUCAAACAAGUGACAACUCCACUUUCAACACGAAAUGAAGAAUUUUUGAAAAAACGGAAGAACAAGAACAGAGAAGCAGCGUUCGCUUCAUUUCUCUCAUAUGUGUUAAUCCAACAAAACUUCAAGUUGACGUGCCAAGUCUCAAAUCAAAAGACAACAACAAAAACACUCAAUUUUUAUAUUUGGAAACAAUACACAUUCCCGAAUGGAAAGACUAUCGACGCAGAACAACUCGCACCAAUCACAAGAAAGUUUAGAAACUACUUGAAAAAGGUCUUUAUUGGACAACCAAGCUUCAUCCUCUCACAAAGAACUAUUAUGGACUUGGAAUUGACAAACGAUGAAAUUUCAGUGCUGGACUAUGUCUUUUCGGGAACAGACAUGUCCGCGUUUAAUAAUACACUCUCUUUGACACAAAUUCCAGAACAACUCCCAAUCGAUCCACCACCUGCCUCACACCUUGUGCUCCACUUCUUGGGGUUUUAA